UUCUAAAGUCACCCCAGCCUCACCCCGAGUCCUUCCUACCUGCCUGGGAGCGUAAGGUUACCCUAAGGGUAGGCAAUUCUGCUUCCUAAAGGUUUGUUGUGAUUUAAGCUGGGUGUACGCCUGUGGCGCCAAGCGCACGAUAGAUUAUUUUUUUUUUCCCCUCAAGGCCUUUGCUCUCACCUCUUCUGAUGGUGACCAUCUGUCCCUGUGAGGUUUUGUGUGCAAAGAAACUAUCCUGUGUUGGGAGUUAAUGCUGCUCUAUGUUAUCCCUCAAUCGGCCGUUUAAAUAGAGGACUGUUUUCCAUUUAUUCCUGCCCUGCAGAUAUAGCUGUGUUUAUAAGCAGUUUGGGACGUUCCACUGGGUGUUGUUGGCAAAGCUAAUGUUAAUAUCAGAUGCUGUAUAUUAGAAAAGUGUGUAAUGCAUCUCAGCUGCUGAGGUCUCUAUGUUAGUGUUUCAAGCUUCAAGGAAAUAAAGGUAGGGGGAAGCAUGCAGUAAAAGGAAAUUAUAGCUGAAAGCAGCUCAUUUUUAAGUGAAGAAGGUAAGAGGAAUUCUCUGGGUGAGGAGGAGGGAGGGCUGGUGGAAAGUGAUUCCCUUGUUAAACACAGAUGUGAACUACUCUAAUUACAAACCCUUGUUAUUUAUGAAAACAUUAGAAGCAUCACUUUUCCAGCUGUGUUCACUACUGAGUGAAGAAAGAAACUCUAGAGAAAACAGUAUUUAGAAAAGCAAUUGCCUACUUGUUUUCUCUUCCCUGUUUUUAAGAUUUAUUGUUUCAAGGAAUUUGUUGUAAAGCAGGGAUAGAACUGAACACUUUCAAGCAUAGCUUCCAUAAUUCACUGUAGUUAAAAAUUACAAUUUAGACCCUUAAUGGAUUCAAGAAGUAUUCAUGUGUUCAUGUUAUUAAAGAUGUGCAUCAGUGUGGAACAAGUUGGAAAAGGGUGAGAUGGAAAAGACUGUUUUGUGUUGACUUAAGAAAAGUCUAUACGUAAUUAAGCUUGCCAGCACACUUUCUUUUUUCCUCCCUAAGGAGUUGCUUCAAUAUGUUUGGGUCAGAUAAACUCAUACUUUGCCAUGAUGCAGCAGGACAUAAAACUGUGCAGCAAUUAGGGCAGGUGGAUCAGUUUAUAGAACUCUUUUUAAGUGUCUGUUGAAUAAGUUAAGGUGGAUGAUCUGUUUUCCUUUUCUAUACAGGAAAAAAAAAAUGAAACAAGGGAAAUGGGGUUUUAUCUUAUAGAACCUGUGUUGAAUUGCAAAAUCCCAAAGAGAUCCAGAAACACAAGGUUAUGAGAUCUGUUUCCAGUGGGCAGGCACAAACUCUAUUUUAACCAUGUGUGCACCCGAUGGAAAACAUGUUUUCUUAUAGAAUAAAAAUUUAACAAGGUGAAUGAGAAUUGCUAAUACUUAACCAGAGGGUAAAAUGUUCUGUCUUUGUUCUGGCAGUGGCACUGUAGUGGUGAAGCCCCUGAGCAGGAGUGCAAGAGCCAAAGGAAGAUGCUGAAGGCUCAUGGGGACUCUGCCCUCUCACUGUGUCUUGUUCCCUGCCAUGACGAUGUGGAAUGAGGUUGCUUGGAGGUGUUGUGUGCUGUAGGUGGAAAAUCAAACCAGCCUUGAGGCUGCAAUGGCUGAGAUGGCACUGAAAUUAUUUUCAUAAAUAAUGAGACAAAUACUUGCCCAAGUGCAGGAAAUAAGUGCUUGAGGCUGAUGUUGUAAUCACUAGCAAACCUAUACUAAAAAGGCACUAGGAAAUGCCCUCGGGUUUUAUGUCUGUUUCUGUAGCCAAUGGAGUCUUUUCUUCAGCUGCCAGAAUUAAAGAUUCAACCUAUAAUCAAGCUUCAUCGAUACUACAAGUAGCUAUAAAGAUUGUGAGCACCAAAUUACAGCUGUGCUUUCUUUUCCACAGCCUGCACUGAGUUCCAGUGAUCUGGUUUUACUGACACCAGUGCUCACAGCUGAUGAAAGCUGCAUUUACAGAUGAAUUUCACUCAUUUUACUGCACUUGAUCUUUGUGCAGUUGUUCUGGGUCUGGUGGGUAAUUGUGAAUAAAAAUAGCUGGUAAAACUGUACAAAUGAAGGCACAGCAUUAGGCGUGCAGGGUCAAAUUAAUGUUCUUUGAUCUUUUGUAGGAUGACUUAUAGUUGAAAAUACACUUCUGACCUUUUCUCUGGCACUGAGAAUAUUGCUGUAUCACCACCUAAUGGGAAAUCUGGACAGUUUAUGGGUACUAAAGAAAAGUGAUGCUAAGGGAUAUGAAAAAAUAGCAAGAAAGAACCAUGCUGUCAGCAUGGCAAAAGCUGCUCAGUCUCAUGGAGAAUGAGAAGAAAUUAAGAUUAGAAAAAUUGCCCUUUGUGCAAUGGCAUUUUUUCUGUAAUGUUUACUGCUGGGGGAAGCCGUGGAUGCCCUUUCUCUGGAAGGGCUCAUGGCCAAAACCGUUCUAUGACUGGGACAUUGCUUUAUGGGUUUUUUUAGGGUUUUUUCCCCAAUUUUGAGUCUUCUCUGCCCUCCCUCUCAUCCUCCCAGUCCCAAUUUUUAUGUGGAAGGAAAAGUUAAGACACAUUCUUCAGUGAGAAUUACUGCUUUCGUCUAUUCUCUAGAGCUUUGCAAAGUGGGCUGUGAGAGCAUCAUUAAAUAUAAAGUAGCAAAGUAACAAGUACAAAGUAUCAUAAAUAUAAAAUGAAACCUUCUUAUGGCUACUAUAACAAAAUUCAAAUUUAUAACAGAAAGAAAGAGCUGUUUGACUUUCUUCUGUCAAAAAUUCAGUCACUUUCAAACACUGUUAAUUAUUCGGUAUAAUUUGGCAACGUUAAAAAGUUAAAAAAAAAAAUAAACUCCAGAAAACCGCAAGUGCCAAUGGAAUAUUGCAGGCAUUAAAUAUUGGUUUGAAAUGAGACAUGCUAUGAUUUAGUUUUGAGGGUUCCAGCAUAAUUUGCUUCUUGAUCUGAGCUAGUUUAUAAUUUCUGAAAGGAAACUUAUAUAAUUUGAGGGAGUUUGGUUUUGUGAAUUUUUUUGUUUGAUUUUGGGGCUUUUUUGUUUGGUUGGUUUUGGUGGUGGUGGUUUGUUUGUGAAACACUUGAAGGAAUCAAGUGACCACACAGUCACAGCAUCACAUUUAAACUGGCCAAAGUCAAUUGCAAUUGGGAAACUUUUUAGCUUUUAAUAUAAGUAGAAUAAGUUCUACACCCAGGUUUCUUUGUAUAUAAAUAUAAAACUGAGGUUAUAUUCAUAACUUAAUAAUAAUCUAGACAUUUACAUUCAUUUGUAAAUAUGAAUGUUUAUGUGGUUUCUGUGAACUCCUAGCUCUGUUUACAUGCCAAUUACAAGCUGUUCUCUUGUGUUCUUGCACAAAACCUUCUUGUGGUACUAGCUCCACCUUGUUAACUCUGCAGUUGUACUCUGCUAGUUUUCCCAGCAGUGCCCAUUUCACUGUGUAAGAAACAAUGAAAAUGGUCAGAAAAUGAAGAGCAGCUAUGGAAUAUGACACAGAUAAUGCUUUUGUUUAUUCUUUUUUAAUCUCAAGAACAGGGAGGAAUGCCUUCAGAUAAGGAGAGACAGAACUUCCUAUGAUAGCAGGAAGGUUUGAUUCUGCUGUCAUUUAAAAUCCCAUUCUAAAGGUCAUGUUUGUGUUCUAAAUGAAACGUGAGGCUGACCUUUACGCUCUGCCAGACAACAGUAGUAGUGAUGUAAGUGCUUCCUUUGAAUUCUGCAGGUAAGGAGUAGCUACAGUGUGGGGUUUGUGGUGUGGUGGUGCCCGGUGUUUUGCAGGGGAGAAGGGAAAUUAUGUUCUCAGUGACCUGUGUGAACACCAAGGGGGCCUGAAAUUUGCUACUUUUUGUCCCUUGGGUGUCUGUACUUCCAGACUCAACAUUUCUUGAAGUGUGCCUCUACUGAACAUGACAAUAUGGAGAAAGUAAAUGGGACUAAUCUAAUCAGGAGAAAAGGUUGGCUUUUCCUGUCCUCCAUCUUUUGCAUUUCUCCUUCAUCUGCCACACAUAGUCUUAAUGACAGAGAGAUGUGGUUUGAGUUUCAGUUAUUGACAUGAAAGUCUUUAAAAGUAGACUGAAAUAUCAUCUUCCUUUUUAUGGUUAUUAGAUAGCAUCAAUUCCCAUGCUUACUGCAACACCUGUGCUGUUGUUCCUGGAAAUGCAGCCAUACCACAGAGACAGUUUCUUUCUUGGGAGCAAAGCUCAGUCUGAGGAGAAGCUGAGGUUGUCCCUGCCUUAAGCCAGCCUAACAUCUGGCUGCAGCAUUUUGGCUACACCUCCUCCUGCACUCUUACCUGCCCUUUGUACCCUCUCUGGCCCUUGUCUAACCUUACACUGACCUAGGAUAGUUCUCUGUCAGAAAGUGGGGAGGGUUUGCUUUGGGUUUUGUUUUGUUGCUGGUUGGUUAGUUGUUUUUUAAUGAGGUUAGGUCUGUGUUGAGUCAGUGGGCUGAAACAAUUCAAAUUCAGGUUGGAUGAAUGUUGGAGCUGGCUUGGUUUAAGUGGGGACAUCAGCAGGCAGAAGCUGAGCUGUCCUCAGCUUUUAGUAAACUGCUUGUCGUGACAAAGAGCAGCUCAAGCAGAUUGAUCAAUUGAUGUUUAAAACAGAGAGUGAGCCACCUCAAAGUGGACUUCUGAGGGGAAAUGUGAGAGCAUGUCACUUACUUUAUGCUUACUCUGUCUUCUUAGCUCUCUCUGUUGUGCUCAGCCAGUAACUGUUGUAAACAAAACAUCCCUGUUCUGCCCACAGCAUUGGGAAUAUCAAAAAACUAUUUUUUUUUUUAAUGUUAAAAAGGUUAAUAAGAUACAAACCAAGAAAACUUUUUGAGUAAUUCUGACACUUAUUCUUCCAGCUGGGAAGAAGAAAGAACUCUCAUUUUCAAACUUCUGAGGAUAGAUAUGGGUAUAUGUAAUUUUAAAGAUGACAGCAUCCUUUGCUGUCUGAACAGUCUGACAGUUCUCCAUGUGAAGCUUUUCACAAGUUUGCCAUUUGCCUUUUAGUCAAGGCUUUAAAAGUUAAGAGCAACCCCCAUGAAAAUUCAAGAUCAGUGAUAAAAGAGACAUUGUACAGCUGAACAAUGCAUAGCAUUUGUGUGACAGCAAAAACUGGUUUAUCAGGUUCACUGCAGACAAGUAUAGAUAAACUAUUGAAACACUGCAAAACAAAAUCUAUUGGAGUGUUCAAUGGAUAGUUUUGCCAAAAAAAAAAAAAAAAAAAAAAAAAAGAGUACCAGGACCAAAGGCAGCAAAAUAAGAGCUGCAAAGUCUAAGCUGUAACUGGUGUGAGGUAGUGAGAACUCAAAGCCAGGCUGUUGGCUGAUGUGAACACUCUUUUAUGUGGAAAAAAAGUCCCACAGAAAAGCACUGAAAAUCCUGCCCAGCUGCUCUCAGUCAUAGGAGCAAAAGACAUCCAAGUGUGCUGGAGUACUGGCCUGGUUCCAAGCCUGUGUGCAUGGGCAGCACAGAUAAAGCACAGCCAGGCCCCAGACAGAUAAAUGACUGAUUAAAUUAAGUGUGUGUGCCUCUGUCCUGGUGCUGCUGGCAGCUCUGCAGCGAGAUUGCAGCUGCAAAGCUCAGCUGCUGCUCACAAUCCAGGGAAACUGCUUCUUGCUGGAAACACUGAAGAAGGGCAAAACCUCCGUGCUGUAUUGCAGCUCUUCCUCCAGGGACCUGACCCUGCUGAGGAGUGGGGUGAAAUAAGGAUUAAAAGAGUCUGUGGGGAAGGCUCCUGGUGAGGAAGAGCAGUGCUGCAGUCCCAGGCUGAUGGGUCAUCCUGAACCCAGAGCAGCACAGAACACAGCAAGUUCCCUGAGGGUGCCACUGGCAGGAAAGGGGGCACAGUUUUGAGGUGGCAGAAAGUACCUUUUUGUUGCAACUCGCAGUUCUCUGGGCUGCCAAAAACACUUCUCUGGUUUGCAGGGAGGUGAUCUGAGACACUCACCAAUUUUGUUAGCAAUUGCCUUGGGCUCAGACUGUGUUUCAGAGAGAGGCUGCUCCAGAAACAGCACCCACAUACUCCCAAGGUGAAAUGGUAUUUGCCUUUAAACUCUGAUAGUAUUGAACUAUGACCAGUUAGGCACUAUAAAACUUCCACAUUUCUAAAGUACAGAUGAAUGCGUAGCAUUGAGGAGUAAAAUGAGCACAGAAAUUAUCUCAAUGUUAAUGGCAUGCCUGUGGUGUUUUCCUGCUCUCCUCUAGAACAAGAUGCAGCUGUAAUUAUUUCUGCUGUUUUCAUUCAAAGUAUUGAUCCACAAAUAGUUACAGCCCUCAAGAACUGAAACAGUUUUUAACUUUAUUAAACCAGAGUUCCAGUAUCCUGUGAGCUCAGAACAUAAGUUGUGUAAAAGGAUAACAAGAAACUCAAAGGACUUUUUUUGGAGACUAAAUAUUCACCCUUGUUCACUGGAACUAGAAUCACAGAAGGGUUUGAGUUGGAAGGAAGCUUUAAAGAACACAGAAUUAUAGCAUGGUUUGUGUUGGAAAUGGGCUUUGAAGACCAUCUCAUCCUGUCAUGGGCAGGGGCACCUUGCACUAGAUCAGGGUUCUCUGAGCUCCAUCCAAUUUUGUCUUGAACACUUCCAGGGAUGGGGCAUCCACAACUUCUCUGGACAGCUUGUUCCAGUGCUUCACUAAUUCUUGAUGUCCAAUCUAAACCUCCCCUCCUUCAGCUGAAAACCAUUACCCUGUGCCCUGUUAUUACAGGCCCUGGUAAAAGGACUCCAUCCUUUCCAUGUUUCUUACAAGCCUCCUUCAAGUAUUGAAAGGCCACAAUAAGGUCUUCCAAACUAAUGAAUACUGAGAAUCAAAGGGCAGAAACCUCUUUUUCAGCAGAUCUCAGGACUGUGUGCAUGCAGUCAAAAUCUGUGGAGAUUCUUAGAUGCUGCCUGAAUGAGGACUCUUCUAGGGAAUGGGUGUAUGAGGUACCUGCAAAAUCCCAGGGAUGGAAUUACUGGGAGGAUUUUGAAUGGAGCAUGGAGCAGGAUGAUUCUGAGACAGGAAACAGCCUCACCUCAACAAACUGUUAGGUGAGCUUUCUAAUUCCUUUAUCCAAUGGGUCUUCUGCAAAGGAUCCUGAACCAUACCAAGGAUCAGGCUGAAUCGAAUCAAAGUGAUUGGAAAGACAGUAAAUGAACCAGGGUUUGACAUAUUCUGAAGCACAGUUUGUGAUUUAUGCAUAGGCAUUGUCACACCGAGUGACAAUUGUUUUCAAACCAUCUAGAGGAAAAAAGGGAGUAAUUCAAUUACAGCAGGAAAGGAAAAGGACUCACCAAAAAAAAAAAAAAAAAAAAAAAAAGGCAAAAAGAGAGAGGGGAAAAUUCCUUGAAAAAAAUACACAUUGGGAAAGAGUUCAACUUAAAUCCAAAGCAAGGGCAAUUGACCUUAAAAGGUUGUGACUACUUGGUCACUCAUUUCCUGUUUAUUUCUCUUUGCUUUGUUUUGCAACAUGCUUCAGACUUUUAGAACUUUCUUAUAUAAAUAAAGAGGUAUGUUUUUUGCUCAAAUAACUUCCCACACGGCAGAUGUUUCUACAAAAAUAAGUAUUCAGAAAAUCCUGUUUUUUCCAACAAGGAAAGUAUUUUUCAAACUAUUGUAGAGAUAAAACAAAGAUAUCUUGUUUUUCCAACUGAUGCAUUUCCACAAAAUGCCUUCACCACUCAGAGAUGGUUUUGUAUUUAUCAACUGAGUUGCAGCACCUUUCACAAAAUGUUUUAAAAUGAAAUAUUACCGAUUCUGGAGUAGAAAAGUUUUUGUCAGUAUCUCUUUCCCGCUUGUGUGUUUUAAAGGCUGAUUUUGUACAGCAGGUUUUCCCUCAGAAGUGGCACAUGAGCUCUGCCUCUCCUGUCCUGCCUGUGCACCUUCUGUCCUACGUGACCAAGAUCCUGCUCUGCACCUCUGGGAUGGCCUGAUCCAGCAUCUGUAUCCAUCAAUGAUUAAGUGACUUCUCCACUGAAUGCCUCUUUAAAGGAGGGCAAGGGUUGGGAACACUGUAGAGACUGGUGUGAGGGAAGGAAAGGAACCAGUCCUUGUCACAGUCUGGGGCUGACAAUCCAUGAAGGAAGAAUAGGGGAAUCCUGAAGCAGCAACAGCUCCUGGAUUUUGUCCAGAGGGACUGUUUGCACAUCAGUGCUCUCUCUUACCAGACACUCGUGUGACUGUGCUUGGAGCUGCUGGACUGGAACACUUCAGAUCCAUCCUCUCCAAAGGAGCUGCCCAUUCACUGCAACCCUUGGUGUGGAGUAGAGUGGCACCAGCCCUGUCCUGCAGUGUGUUCUUUCCCUCUGUGGGGGUGAACUGGUUGAGGAAGCUUUUUGAUAAAAAGUGGGACCAUGGAAGAAAAGGAGACAUCACCGAGUCUCACCUCAGAGAGCAGCAUAUUGGACCUCCCCUCUGUUUGUGACCUAGCAGAGCCCUUUCUGCCUCCACACAGCUCUGAAAACAGCCAGGAGCUUUAUCCUUCUGGGGAUGUUUUUCCCUCCCCACCCACAGGAGAGAGCAAUCCAUCACCUGCAGCUCCUGCAGGCUGUUCUGCUGGGGGCUCUGAGGAAGCAAACGUGAGCUGCUACCCAAAAGCAGGGCUGUGUGAGCCCUCUGAACCUAAUGGUGCUGUGCUCUCAUGGGUGUAUGAACGUGAUGGUGCAGAAGAUCCCAGCAUCAGGGACUCUCUGGAUGGCUUCUACAGAAUGUAUUGCAGAAGGCAGCCAGAGAGAAAGGAUCCGACCUACGAGGCUGCCUCACGGUGUCUGUCACAGAAGAUUUCAGAGCUGGAACAAAAGGACGGAACAAAAUAUGUGUCACGUUGCCUGCAAAUGGCACAGUUGGUCUUGAACAGAGAUGGAUGUAAGAUCUUUCCAAACUACCCCACUUCUGCUUGCUUUUCAAAGCCAGCUGAAGGAGAAGUGUUGUUGGAAAACAGGAGGAGGACACCUGGACUCUCAGAUGACGUCCUGCAGUUCCUCUUGAAACAAACACAGGCAGAACGUAGCCCUGAUGUGUCACACAAGAAGUGAGCAAGACACUGCUUUCUUUCUGUCAUGGAAGCUUUGCUGUCCCUCCAGGAAGAGGUGACUUUCUUAGACAUUGUUCUCCAAGCACCACCUUCAGCACCAGGUGCUCCAUGGAGGGGUUCACCCACACCAGACCUUGCACCUUGCUCUCUGAAGGGCAGCACUGCACGAGGAGCAUCUGUGUAAUUGCUUGGGAUGUACUGACUGAUUGGGAGGGGCCAUGCAGUGUUUGUUACUGGUGUUUGCAUCCUUACCCAGGGUUAACAGUGGUCCAGCCCAAAUUCAGCCCCUGGCUGGGCAUUGCUGUCUGAGUGCUGGCUGUAACAGAACGUUUGAAUGACCUUGGCAUGAUGUGCCCCAGCCCUGCAGAGGGAAAGUUAAGAUUUCAUUCUGCACAUUUGCCUCCACAGGGUGCCUGUUAGCUCUGUGUUUUUACCUACAGACAUAUAACCCCACAGUUAUGACUGCAGUGCCAGGUGAGUGUUUCUGACAGAAAAAGAGUGUGUGUGCAUGAGAAAGAGAAAAUACAGCUCUGAGUAUGCUCUCUGACAGAGCUUCUGUCCUGUUUACCUCCCCACCAUUACCCCCCCAACAACCUUCAGUUCUUUCUUUCAUGGUGCUGCUAAUGAGAUCCCUGGGGGAAAGUUCCUUUAAAAUGAAAUGGAUCUCUGAGCCCAAGGAGGCUGAUGUCAGGCAGCAGCAGAGCAAUGAGCCCACACACAGACACUUAAGGUUUCUCUUGCAGAAGCCUCCCAGCUUGGUGGCUUCUCUGUUGUUAUCUGCCUCUGCCAGGCAGAUAAAUGUCUUUGUGCAUGUUUUCCACCCACUGGCUGGUGGACAGAAGGAGCAGUUUGCUGUAAUGAUGCUGUUUGCUGACUGGGGAGGCCAUUCUCCAGCGUGGGUGUGAGCAAGGAAGCACAGAGUGCCAGAAGAAGGGAUGUGUCAAGGAUGAGAGCAGAUGGGCAAAGGAGGAAGAACAAAAGAAAGGAAGGGUGGUUGGGGUUUCAAAGGUCAUCAGUGUGGCUGCUCCAGUACAGCCACAGUGCUCACACCAGUUUUGGCAUUUGAUGUUCAGUGUUUGCCAGCCCAGCUGCAAACCUCUCAUGCACUCCCUGUCCACAUUGGGCAGAUGUCAGAGUGGGUGUUUGUGUUGCUGUGCUCCCCACGUCACAUUCCCUGCUGCAGUCCCACACGGGGCUGCUAUUCCUGCCUUGCUGCCCCUGGCAGAUUGGCACAGCCACUGUGCUCUGCAGGUGUUUCUGGCAAAGGCAGUGGAAGUUUGGCUGCUGCCUUCAGUCUGAGCAGGAGGGGGCCCAGCUGGCUGCCAGUUAUGGCCAAAGUCUUAGGACUUGGUUUAAUUUCUCUUUGCAAAUGGAUUUAUAUUGGAGCUGCCUGGGUUUAGCUUCCUGUCCUUGAGUAAUCAUGGAACCAAUAACAUUUGGCUUUGUGGUGGUCCUUCUCUGUGUGUUGCUUGCUUGCUUUUAUGGCAGAGGUGUUGUAGAUGUGCUGGAGGGCACACAGAGUAUUGGAGCAGACCUUCAGCUGCUCCCCCAGCAUUGCUCAAGUUAAUGGUGCUAAGGGGGAAGAAAAAAGAGGUGAGGAUGCAGCAUCGUUCCUGUAGUAGCAAACAAAACCACUCCAUCAGAGGUCUGCAUCUGAAUCCCUUUUGUUGCUGUGUUUGGUCAGUGCUUUGGGUUAGCUUGAAAACCAUCUGGUCUCCUAUUUAAACUUUUUAAAUAAUUAUUUUAAUUAAAAAAAAAAAAAGCCAAAGACAUUUGAUUUCCACAAAGAAAGCUUGCAGAAAAAUAGGAAGUUCCUGCUCUUUAGGAGGGACCUACUCAUGUUUGAGACAUUCCUACUGGCUUUUGAUGUAAGAGAAAAGAAGCUUGGAAUGGCAAAAUAGAGAAAAGGUGGCUGCUGGAAGAGCAUGAAGAGAAAUACUGGCAGAGGAGAGCAUGAAACUCUUCAAUUUUAAGGAUCAACGUAGGCAGAACAGACUGGAUGCAGAUGAAAAAUUUGGAUUAUGACUCAUAUCUACAAAUCUUGGCUGGCAUCUUGCAGAGGACAUGGUAAUCUCUGUGCUGCUGAAAGAUGCAGUCUUUUGAGAAGUUUGCACGCCUCAGAAUCAGGAGUGCUGCAGCUCUGUGCACUGCUCACUUCCAGUGGAUCAUGGAUAUGACUAUCCAUGGCUUCCUCAAGGUAAAAAGAGGCUUUUUGCAUGGCAAGUACCAAGAGUGGCAAAGCCCUCACAGAAGUGUCCCAUGUUCUGUCCAUUUCCCCUCAGCCUGUGCAAUAAUCUGAGAAACUGAGUUUAUUCCUGAGAGGUGAGGUGCCUUCCUCUCUCCCUGGCUUGCAGCUGACUUAGUUUUGACACCUCUGUGGUUUCACUCAGCCUAGCUCCACAGCUUGUUGGCCUCCCCAGCACUGGUGCUGCUGUCACCUCCUUCAUCCCCCUGUGUGUGGAGGCUGCUUUAGCAAAGGCAUUUGGGGCUUGCACUGCAGAACAAAUCCAAGGGCUCCUUUUCCCUUCUGUUUCUUCAAGGCCCACAGCCGAGGAGCAGCUCUGUGAGCCUGGCUUAGGACAACACCUGAAAACCUACAGCACCUUUCAGGGCUCUGGGAGUACAAGAUCCCACAAGAUCCUCAAGCAAACUGUGUGCUGGGACUUAGGAGGGAAAGUCUUGUAAUAAAGAACAACUGUCAUAAGAAAUUUCCCCCUCAGUACAAGCCAAACAAACUUUCACUUGCAUUGGAAGGUAGGUUCUUGUAAUGGGAGAUGUCAGUCAGCCUUGGGGCAGCUGUCACUUUCCAGUGUUACCUCAUUGCUGUGAGAGAUGAGGCAGAGAUGGUGCUAAAUGGCUGCUAAAAUCAGCACCUCCCGGCAGAGAAGCAGGGUGAUUCUGCAAUUAAGGGUGCUGAGGUGGGGGUGCUGUGCCCUGCAACAAAUCUGCAGUGUGACUUCCACCAAUUCGUUUUUCCAAGUUGCCAGCAGGUUGUUUUGAGUAUCUGAGAGCUUCAGAGAAAGAGUGAAAGGGCUGUGCCUUUACACCCACAUGUCUAACAGCAAUUCCCCUCAGAACCCUGCAAUUAGAGGUUCAAACAAUAACAGAGAUUUUGCAUCUGUGGUCCAGGCCCCCCUGUUUAAGGAGCAGCCUGUGUAAGUGUUCUGUGAGGCAGCUUGGUUUUGAUCCCUGUUUUUGCCUCUUCCCGGGUCUGCCCAGUCCUUGGGCCAAGCUGAGCAGCACAAGAUGAAGUGGGAGUGCAGACAAGUGCUCUGCUGGGCUCUGUCUCUGGGAGUCUUCGUGCUGCUGGUCAAGAAUAGACUGGUUGCACGUGAA